AUGAGUGACUCGGUCUCCAUCAGCAGCUGGGAGCCCGAAACCCCAUCCUCAGGGCCAAUAUACUCGCAACGCCAUCAAGCGAUUAGCCCUCUGUCAAGCACAAGAAACAGGCGCUCUAUUGACGGAAACACUUUAUCGAUGUUCAGAUGUAACAUGCCAUGGGAGGAAUCUAGCGAAGACGACAACCUUUGGAGCGAUGCCGCCACAGCCGGAACGGUUCUAUCCUUACUUCACAGAGAGCCUUUGAGCCCCCAACGAAACACCCGUAGACCACCUCUUUUCGACAGUACAGCCUCCGAAAGACAGCGCUCGAGAUGUGUCCUUUGUUUCCAGGUCAUGGAUCGCCUCUCCUAUCCCAACCCACUAUUGGCUGCAAACUGUGAUCAUAGUGCCAUACCAGAGGUGCGAAUGUGCAGGGUAUGUCUGCAGCGAUGCAUUGAUAUCCAAUUCACGUCGUCCGGGGAAGAACCACUGUCAUGUCCUCUGUGCCGCGCUCUGCUCUCUCACGAUGAGAUUCGACAAUGGGCCAAUCCACAAACAUUCCAAGCAUACGACAGCAUGAAAACAAGAGAGGCGUUAGAAGACGAUAGUGAAUUCAUAACAUGUGUCCGACCAGACUGCGGGAAUGGCCAAUUGCACGUGGGUGGCCGUGAGAAUCCGAUUGUCGUGUGCAGGUCGUGUGGUACACGGAUGUGUUUCGCCCAUCGAGGUGCCCCGUGGCAUGAGGGAUUUUCCUGCGAGGAGUAUGACCGGCUCUUCGUAUAUACAGGUGAUCAACAGAGACCGGGGAAUGAUGCUUCACAAAAUGGAUGUAGAUGGUUGCGUAGAUUAGGCGGGUGGAGGGCAUACAGAGCAGACGCUAGGCAACACGCGACAGGUUCUGAAUUAGAUCACUUUGGACCAAUAAAUUGGACGACUGAAGACCUGCGCAGCCAGCGAACAAUCUGGCAGAUUGCAAAGCCGUGUCCUCGGUGCAACGCCAUCACUGAAAGAGAAGGGGGAUGCAAAUAUAUGCGAUGUGUGCUUUGCUGGCAAGAGUGGUGUUGGGAUUGUGGUGGAUUCUGGCAGCCAGGGCACCUCGAAAUAAACUGCUCACUCUAUCGGUCUUGA